UUGAAUUGUGUUCGAGUUUGUUUUAAGUUGCAGAAGAAGCAGAGAGCAAUGGGGCUUUCCUUUCAUUCCCAUUGUCUCCUCGCAGUCCUGCUUCUGUGUCUAGUGCAUUCACCCACCUUCGCUUUGAAAAAGCCUUAUAUCGUGUACUUAGGAUCUCCUGCACACGGUCCAGAACCAACCACAGCAGACAUCGAAAGCGUCACCAAUUCUCAUUAUGAUUUACUCGGAUCGUAUUUGGGAAGCAAUGAGAAGGCCCAGGAGGCAAUUUUCUAUUCAUACACUCAUCACAUCAACGGUUUCGCUGCGAUUCUCGAAGAGGAUGAAGCGGCAGAAAUUGCUAAGCACCCAAACGUCUUGUCUGUGUUUCUAAGCAAGGGAAGGAAAUUGCACACGACAAGGUCAUGGCAAUUCUUGGGGCUAGAGAGUGAUGGAGUGAUUCACAAGAGUUCCAUCUUGAGCAAGGCUAGGUUUGGGGAAGAAACAAUUAUCGGCAACCUCGACACAGGUGUUUGGCCGGAAUCGAAGAGCUUUAGCGAUGAAGGGCUGGGUCCUAUUCCAGGAAAGUGGCGAGGAAUCUGUCAGCGGGGCAUAAAAGAUAAUUUUUCUUGCAACAGGAAGCUGAUCGGAGCGAGGUACUUCAACAAAGGCUAUUCUGCUUAUGCUGGACGUCUUAACUACACAUUCUACACGGCACGGGAUAAUCAGGGUCAUGGGUCCCACACUCUGUCGACAGCGGGAGGAAGCUAUGUCCCUGGAGCGAAUGUUUUUGGGUCUGGCAAUGGAACAGCUAACGGAGGAUCUCCAAGGGCCCGUGUUGUGGCGUACAAAGUGUGCUGGCCUCCAAUCGAUCAGAACGAGUGCUUUGACGCGGAUAUUUUGGCAGGCUUUGAUGCUGCGAUACGCGAUGGCGUUGAUGUUCUAUCGGUCUCUGUUGGUGGGGAAGCAGCCGAGUUUUUCAAGGAUGGAAUUGCCAUUGGAUCCUUCCAUGCAGCUAGGAACGGGAUUGUGGUAGUUUCUUCCGCUGGCAACUCUGGGCCAGAACUGGGGACCGUGUCUAAUGUUGCUCCUUGGAUGAUCACGGUUGCUGCAAGCACGAUUGACCGGGAAUUCACGACCUACGUUGCUCUUGGAGACAGGCAGCACCUAAAGGGGUCGAGCCUUUCGUCCAUUGGUUUGCCAUCCGAUAAAUUCUAUCCACUAAUCAGUGGUGCAGAUGCAAAGGCCGCAAAUGCGUCGGCUUCACAAGCUUUGCUCUGCUUGGCUGGAACCCUCGACCCCAAGAAGGUGAAGGGGAAGAUCUUGGCAUGCGUUCGCGGUGAGAACGCGAGAGUUGAGAAGGGCUACCAAGCUGCGCUUGCAGGUGCUGUUGGGAUGAUUUUGGCUAAUGAUGAAGCGAAUGGAAAUGAGCUUCUUGCUGAUGCUCAUGUUCUCCCUGCUGCUCACAUCUCUUUCGCGGAUGGGAAGAUUCUCUUCUCUUACAUCAACUCCACAAAGUUUCCUGGGGCUUACCUGACUCGUGUCAAGACAAUAUUGAACACGAAGCCUGCUCCUUUUAUUGCUUCGUUCUCAUCCAGGGGACCGAACAUGGUUGAGCCAGCAAUCCUCAAGCCCGAUAUUACUGCACCGGGAGUGGACAUCAUUGCUGCUUAUACACUGGCAGUUGCUCCAACGAAUCUUGGUUUCGACAAGCGUAGAACACCUUUCAAUGUAGAGUCUGGCACAUCGAUGUCCUGUCCUCAUGUGUCCGGCAUCGUUGGUCUCCUCAAAACCCUCUAUCCUAGUUGGAGUCCUGCCGCGAUACGAUCUGCAAUCAUGACAACCGCAAAAACACGAGACAACAGGAACGAGACGUUGCUCGAUUCGUCUUUUGUCAAGGCUACUCCAUUUUCCUAUGGAGCUGGACACAUCCGGCCAAACCGUGCUGCGGACCCAGGUCUCGUGUAUGACUUGACGGUCAAAGACUACUUGGACUUCCUAUGCGCCCGAGGUUACAAAGAAUCCCAACUGAGGUUAUUCACCAAUGAGACUCACAUAUGCCCUAAACAUUUUAAUACGGCGGAUUUGAACUACCCUUCUAUCACUAUCCCGAAUCUCAACGGCACGGUUGUGGUCACAAGAAGGGUGAGGAAUGUGGGCACUCCUGGCACGUACUCUGUGCAAGUUAAGGCACCGGCGGGAGUGUCGGUCUCCGUACAACCACAGAGCCUGGUGUUCGAAAGGUUUGAUGAGGAGAAGGAAUUCAAGGUGGUGUUCAAACCUUAUGUUGCUGGCAAGCCCGUUGAUUAUGUGUUUGGACGGUUGACCUGGUCAGAUGGUACGCACUACGUGAGGAGCCCCCUGGUUGUGAAGCACCAGUGAACAUGACAUUUACAGGGAGGAUUGGGGUUUCGGCAAGCUAAAAGGGCUGUGAUGGUAGCUGGCUCUUGCCCUCACUUUUCUCUUUGGGGUAUAGGAAUUUUUCGGGGACAAAGUUUUUGUCUGCCUUUCUAUUAACUGGGAACGAAGUAUUUCGUUUAUUCGGGCGGAAAAUGGAAUUUGCUUUAUGUUUUGAUACAUUUGGUGGCUAAUAAAAAGGAAGUACAGAUCCAGAUCG